UAAUAAAUCUGUAAACGGUUAAGAAUUAUCUGGGAAUAAAUUUAGAUCCGUGUGGUCAGUCAAGUACAAGUAAAAUGUCUCACUAUUUUUCUUCGAACAAGGAUGGAGAUGUUGAAUUUGUCCGCACUGGCUAUGGUAAGAAUGCAGUAAAGGUACUGCACAUCAGACGGGAAGGAAAGCAGCAUUACAUCAAAGAAAUGGAGGUGAAUGUACAACUCACACUAAAUGCACGAAAGGAGUACCUGUAUGGAGACAAUGCUGAUAUAAUACCAACUGACACAAUUAAAAAUACUGUCCAUGCCCUGGCAAAACUCAGGGGGGUGAAAACUAUUGAACACUUUGCCAUGGAUAUUUGUAACCAUUUCUUGACGUCCUUCAGACAUGUUAGAAGAGUCCACGUUUACAUUGAAGAAGCUCCAUGGAGAAGGCUGCAAAAGAAUGGAACUGGCCACGUGCAUGCUUUCAUUUACAGCCCAGAAGCGGUUCGGUUUUGCAAUGUUGAACAAUACCUAAACGAACCUCCCGUGAUUCAUUCUGGUAUGAAAGAUAUGAAGGUACUAAAAACAACACAGUCUGGUUUUGAAGGUUUCUACAAAGACAAGUACACAACUUUACCUGAAGUGAAAGAUCGGUGUUUCAGCACAGUGGUCUAUGCUAGGUGGCGGUAUAACAAAUCCAGCAACAUCGACUUUGAUUAUGCUUGGAAAUGCGUCACUGACUCUAUUAUAGAGAAAUUUGCUGGACCAUUUGACAAAGGCGAAUACUCUCCAUCUGUCCAAAAGACACUGUAUGAUGCCCAGGUUCUUAGCCUGAAGAAAGUUCCAGAGAUUGAAGAAAUUGAAAUUGUCAUGCCAAACAAGCAUUACUUCACCAUAGACAUGUCAAAGAUGGGGCUCAGCAAUAAAGAUGAGGUUCUCCUUCCCUUAGAUAACCCAUCUGGAAAUAUUACUGGCACUAUAAGAAGAAAGCAUCCAUCGAAACUGUGACACCUUUGACUUAGUAUACAACACAUACUUUCUGCCUGCUUGGAUUGAAGACCAGCUAAAAUAAAUGCAUCUACUUAUACAUAA